AUGUCUCUAGUACCCGGCCUCAACUUCACCAGCGGCACGAACGCGACGAUGCGUGGUGUUGUUUACAAUGGUGUGCCCUACGAGAUGGUCGUGGACGACAUUCCCGUCCCGAUCAUCCAAAACGCCACGGACGCCAUUGUCAAGAUCACCACUUCAGCGCUGUGUGGCUCUGACUUGCAUACCUAUCACGGGUUCGCCGGUGCUGGGACUCCUCCAUGGGUAAUGGGGCAUGAGGCCAUGGGCUACAUCGCUGCUGUCGGCAGCGAGGUGUCGUCCCUCUCAGGGCAUCUGGCGUCGGAACCGCAGCGCCUUGCGUUCUUUGGUGGCGGAGCGGGUGGUCUAGGAGGUCUUCAGAGUGAAUACGCUCGAGUUCCCUUCGCCGACCAUAGCCUCAUCCCUGUACCUUUGACUCACGAAACCACCAACCGCACUAUCGAGCACGACUACCUUACAGUCUCGGAUAUUCUCGCUACAGCCUGGGUCGCGCUCGACUGGUCUGGAUUUGAGCCCGGUGACACGGUUGCUGUCUUUGGUGCAGGCCCUGUCGGACUCCUCGUAGCAUAUUCUGCGUUCCUCCGCGGUUCUGGACGCGUAUACGUCGUGGACCGCGUGCAGCAGCGCCUGGACGCCGCAGCCUCGAUUGGCGCCAUCCCCAUCAACUUUGCAGAGUCGGAUCCCGUAGCUCAGAUCUUGGAGCACGAACCUGAUGGAGUUCUUCGCGUCGUUGAUGCUGCCGGUAAUGAAGCGGUCGAUGCUGAUGGAAAGGUCGACCCUGAGCUUAUUGUCCGCCAAGCCGUGCAGCUUGCGCACAUUGGCGGUGGAAUUGGCCAGGUGGGCUUCUGGCGGGCAUCACAGGACAGCCCUGGAGCACCCCUGGGCAGCGAGAAGCCUUCUAACAUGACCUUUCCUCUUUCAGACUUCUUUGGGAAGAGGCUCAAGCUGCAGGGCGGACCUGUUGAUGUGAAACUGGUGGCCUCGCAGCUUGUCAACCUCAUUGCUAGCGGACAUGCCAAGCCAGGGUUCGUCAGCACCGCUGAAAUAGGAAUUGAGGAGGCGCCAGAGUACUACCGCCGCUUUGAUGACAAGAAAGAGAUCAAAGUGUAUAUCCACUUCGAUUGA